CUGGACGAUACUUCUACGAACCCUCAUACCACUGUUUGGUAUGCCGUUUCGCGACAAUUUCCGACUCGAUCUCGCCGUCGUAGCCUUAUCCAGCGGGAACAAGUACCCUCUGGAAAUAGCCAGUUUCAUCCAUUCUUCCGAGCCACUUCUUGCUAUAUUUAAGGAUAUCGAGAACACCUCGGCUUCACUCCACUACACGAACCAGGGCCGUAGACGGGUUGAUGUCGAGCACAUACUUGGACCACUUGCAGCCAACAAGUGGCAGCUCUUCAUAUCGAAUCAGGAGGUUACUACGAGGGAUCAUUGUUGUCGUCUGCAAUUGAAAUGCCGGUUGUCCUUCUACACGGAGUAUGCAUUGUGGAAAGUUGAAACGGCUUACAUGACUUUGAUCGAGGUUCGGGAUCAGUUGAUGCGAGGGCAGGCAGGUCGGGAUGAUAGCAGACUCGCUCGACAGAUCACGGGGCACGAGAUGGGUGAGGCCUUCAGGCAGUUGGGGAUGCAGCUGAUCUCCCGAGACGAUACUCAAUUCUAGAUAGGGACUCGCAUAUCUGUUCUUCCACGGAAACUGCACUUCUUCAGUCUCUCUUCGGUUAUCAGGAAGCUUUCCGGGAACCAAUCUGGCUUCUCAUGAAAAGAACCUUGGUCAAUCAUACCAGCCAGUGCCUCCGCCGACUUCAGACACAGCACCAUGCCAUGCCCGUUGAACCCAGCAGAGAUCCACAUGCCCUUUUUAUACGGUACUUCACCAACAAAUGGCCGUCCAUCUGCCGUCGCGCCCAUGAUACCCGUCCAUUCUUGUACGACCCGUCCUGAUAUCUCCUCGUCAGAAGUCUCGCCCCAGUUAUCAGCACCAAAGUAUCCCGUCAAGCUCUCGUGAAGAUAUU